AUGAAUCGAGCAGGUACAAUCUUCAAAUUUCUUAGACUCUCCAGCUCGGUCCUCUCAACUCGGCUUUCCACAACGCGGUCACUCUCCACUCAGGUGACUCACUUUUCUCCCUUCUCCUUGCGCUCUCUCUCAAAUCAAUCUCAUAAUACCACUACUUAUCGGUUCAAUACCCAUCAAAAACUCUACUUCUCUUCUAAACCACACUCAAUUGUAGAGCUUUUAUCGACCAAUGAUUGGUCUGCUGAGUUGGAAAACGAGUUAGAAAGUUUGAGUCCCUCAUGGACCCAUGAGACAGUCAUUUAUGUGUUGAAGAAACUAGAUAAAGACCCACAAAAGGCAUGGGAUUUCUUUAAUUGGGUCAGUGAGAGAAAUGGGUUUAGACCCAGUUCCUUGCUUUAUAGUCUAGUGCUUAGAAUAGUUAUUAGCAAGGAUUCAAUGAAGAAGUUUUGGAUUACUAUAAAGAAAAUGAAAGAGCAAGGGUUUUAUAUUGAUGAAGAAACUUAUUUAACCAUUUUGGGGAUCUGCAAAAAAGAGAAGAUGGCUCCCGAUGCGGCGGCUUUGACGCAUUUUUAUGAUAGGAUGAUUCAUGAGAAUGCUAAGGAUAAUUCUGUGAAGGAUGCGGUUCGUGUUAUUUUGGAGAGACAGUGGAAUAAGGACGUUGAGAAUAAAUUGCUGGGAAUGAAAACUGUGUUGACGGAUAAUUUUGUGAUUAGGGUAUUGAAAGAGCUUAGGAGUUAUCCUGUGAAAGCUUUGAGUUUCUUCAAUUGGGUUGGUAGGCAUGAAGGUUAUCAACAUAAUUCCGUUACAUAUAAUGCACUUGUGAGGGUUCUUGGUAGGGAUGACUCGAUUAGGGAGUUUUGGGGUGCUGUUGAUGAGAUGAAGAAAGCGGGUUAUGAGAUGGAUAUCGACACUUAUAUAAAGAUUUCGAGGCAGUUUCAGAAAAUCAAGUUGAUGGAGGAUGCUGUCAGGCUUUAUGAAUUUAUGAUGGAUGGCCAAUUUAAGCCCUCAAUUCAAGAUUGCUCUGUUCUUCUACGGAGCAUCUCGGCAAGUGAUAAUCCAGAUUUGGAUUUGGUUUCUAGAGUUGCAGGUAGAUAUGAGGCAACGGGAAAUUCCCUUUCUAAGUCUGUGUAUGAUGGGAUGCAUAGGUCCUUCACGAGCGCAGGGAAGUUUGAUGAGGCAGAACAGAUCGUGCAAGCCAUGAGAGAUGCAGGGUAUGAGCCCGACAACAUCACAUACAGUCAGUUGGUUUUUGGACUUUGUAAAGCAAAGAGAUUGGAAGAAGCAUGCAAGGUUUUGGAUGAAAUGGAAGCAGGAGGAUGCAUUCCAGAUAUAAUGACUUGGACCAUUUUGAUUCAAGGACAUUUUGCUGCCAAUCAAGUUGACGAGGGAUUAUUGUGUCUUGCCAAGAUGACAGAGAAAAACACUACUCCUGAUGCUGAUUUGCUGCAUGUGUUAGUAAAAGGUUUCCUCAGUCAAAAGAGGAUAGAUGGUGCAUACACAUUUUUUAUGGAGAUGGUGAAUGAGAUUGGGUUGGUACCUUGGCAAGCUACUUGUAAACUUGUAAUUGAAAAUCUUUUACAAGUAAGAAAGCUCGAAGAAGCAAUGGACCUUCUACGCUUAAUGAAGAAGCAUGACUACCCGCCUUUUCCUGAGCCUUUUGAUCAAUAUAUAUCCAAGUUUGGAACAGUGGAGGAUGCUGUGAAUUUCUUUAAGGUACUCAGUAUGAAGGAGUACCCAUCGUCUUUCGCUUACCUUCGAAUUUUGGAAUCCUUUUUAAAAGAAGGCAGAUAUUCUGAAGCCAGAGAUCUGUUGUUCAGGUGCCCGCAUCAUAUUCGCAAAGAUCCUAAAAUCAGCAAGCUUUUUGGUUCUGCGAAGACGGGUGAUAAUACUGUCUGA